GAUGCAUUCUGGGUCAUGAUAAGAUGGCGACGCCCAGGGUUAUCUAAAAUCUCCUGUUAUUAGUGCUACUAUUGCUGUUAUUACACAUCAAUGUGCGCCAUUUUAUAUUAAAAAUGGGAGCACAAGGGAGUAAAGAUGAUCAGAAUACAGACACUGGACGGAACAUGAGAAAAGAUGUUCGAAUAAUGAAUUUUUAUGAGAGAAUAAGCAAUGGCCAGGUACUAAACCCAAGUCUGUUAUUGGGGUAUUUUCCUGAAUACAGUCGGCCGUUAAUUGAGCGCAUCUUUACUUUAGAAAGAGCGAGUGGAACUGUAGACGAGGAGAAGUUUUUUUAUGUUGUUAAUAAGAUUCUAGCACCAAGUUCAUCAGCCUCUUUGUCAAAGUUUUACUUUGAAUCAUUCUGUGGAUCAGAAUCUUUACAGGAGAAAGAUGUGGAGCUCCUGGUAUCCACCGCUUUCAGUCUCUUUCUAGUCUCCUGCGAGAUCUCCCUGGAGGCUUCGACCCUGGACCAGGAGACACAGCGGCUCCUGGUACACUCUAUCGUAUCCCAGGGAACCAGUGGGGCGGGGCUAGAAUGGAUGGAGAAUCACUGUGGGGAGCUUCUGAUGGGCAUGCAGCACUGGUUUCUGGCUCAGAUAAACCCCGUAGAUGAUGUAGACUCAGCAACUGCAAGGGAAUACACCCUACCUGACCAUGAGGGCGCCCUUCUAUCUAUCGGCAUGUGGUGGGCUUUGUCGAGUAGCUUACCAUCUAUCUACACAGAAUCCAAGACCAACUCUUCUAGUGUUUCAUCUGGAGAAUCUUCUAAGGCUCGGGUUUUGAGCAAGCAGCCCUGGACACUGUUGUACAGCAGUAGAGAGCAUGGACUGAGUGUUAAUAGACUUCAACAUCAUGUGUUUGGUUACAAGGGACCUACAGUACUCGUCAUUAGCUUUGAGGGAGGGUUCAUGUAUGCUGUAGGACUGGACACAGAAUGGAGAGAGGGUACAGUACCAUGGGGCGGUUCAAGCUGCGUAGCUGUCAGACUUGCUCCAGAGUACAGUAUUACUGAAGAGGGGGAGUACAUGGUUCUAUUCAAUGAGAAAUCACGCAACCUGCCGAAAGGACUCUUCAUCGGCCGAGACCCCAAGAGGAGACUCCUCUCUAUAACAGAAGGUCUUCAGACUAUAACUCAUAAAGGACUUACUGCCAGUGUCGUCAAUGCAGAGGUUUGGGGCUGUGCCAGCACAGAUGUGAAACAAGAACAAGCCAAACAGAAGAAGACUGAACUAAAAGAUGCUGAAAGAAAUGCCAAGGUAAAGCUACCAGGCCAGUGGGACGACAACAACCCAGACAGGCUUCUAUUAGAAUGGGGCACCACCAGGACUGACUAUGCUGAUGCUUACAGGGAGGAGAAGGAGCAAUCUUGAUACAGGUCAAAGUUCAAAGGUCAUUCCUUCCAAGUACUUCCUGUAUUAGAAACUGGCAGGGGGGGAAAAAAGAGGUGAUCAACUCAACUGAUAAUGUGCAAGUGAUUUGUGAUCUACAACAUAGAAGAUAAAGACUGCCCAUGUAUCAAGUAAUAUUUUAUUUUUGUAUCAUAUUUUUCCUGACGUAAUUUAUUAUAGUCCCUUUUAUUGAUAUCAUGGAUGAUACUAUGUGUGUAUAUAAUGGUACUUACAUGUAUAAGUCUUUGCUACAAUCUGUUUUUUUAUUUUUUUUAUUUUUUUAUAAAUGACACCAUAAUCCACUAUGUCGAUGACUGAGAAUAAGAGUUGUAUGUGUGUAAUCCAGAUAAGAUACCGAUAAACACUUAAUCGAGUGACAAACACAGUUUAUCGCGAAAGGCUCUGGCAGGCUGAUGCCCAGUAACACUGAAGUUAAAUGAAGUUCAUCUUCAGCAGCAGCGAUUCUUUGCUCUGUGCUAGGGCAUGGCGUACUCUGUCAAUGUUAGCUGCUGUGCUUUCUUCUGCUGCAAAAAAAUGACUCGUACACCUCAAGAUGCUUGCGGUGAUAUUGCAAUGCAUUGAACCAGGUCCCCCACCUGGAGGCACAUGGCUCUGGCGGGAGAGUAGUCGAAACAUCAUUAGGCAAAUUCAUGGUAGACAUAUGCGCCAAGUAUCGGCGUUUGCGUGCAGGCUGACGCUUAAAAAUGUUCCACACGGACUCCAAGUUUUCCAUGAAUAGGUCGAUCCCUCCGUCCGAGAGAUGCACUCCAUCUCUGCUGAAGUACAGAUGUUCUUGCACAUUAAAGUGGUGACCUAUACAGGACGCGUUCGCCAUCCGCAGGACCUUUCGUUUAUCGUAUUUGUUGACGUCUUUCCGCACAUUGUUAAUUGCAACUUGGGAUGUAAUGUUUCCUGACUAUAGUAGAAUAGGCGAGGCACUAUGUUUGAGAACGAUAUAUAACACGCAGGCAACAACGAUCUCGCUGUAGUGAGUGCCUCAUCCACUGCUUGCCGACAGUCCUUAGCAGCAUACCGCCCCAAGUCCUUGCAGUUAGCGUGGAUGAUAAGCAUUCCCGGAGAAGGUCGCGACCUCAAUAAGCUCUGUAACUGUUGUGGGAAGUUGCGCAGCAACGCUCCUCCCCGUCGGAACCACGUAACCUCAAUCCCCGUGAUUCCGAGAUCCCGACAGCCCUGGGAAAAAGCCUGUUCACCAGCUCGCCUGACGAAACUAUCCCGGCAAACCCAAACACGGCGAGCCUGGGUACGUAUGAAAGAGAAGACAGGAAAACAAAAUUCUUCCGAGUAUUGUGCCCUUUGUCAAAUUUACCUAAAUAACAAUGCAUAAAAAUGCACUUUCUCUCACUGAACAUCUUUUUCUUUUUUUUCUUUAAACACACAAAUCACAUCGGCUUCACAUGCAACUAUAAAUAUUAACUUCAGCACUUAUUUUUUCUAUACAUGGAAAUGAAUAUCGUGUUUGUGUAACUGAUAUAAUUUAAACACUCAAAGAAAAACAAAUUCUCCCUAAACUUUCAAAACUAAUAUAAACACUACAAAAUACAAAAACCAUAUAUUUUGACAUAUGUUACACGCUAUGAACCAGACCUUAUCAGCCAUGUCCACCAGUAAACUCUUCAAAAUCACAGUAACCCUAGAAAACGUUCGAUAAUUAUGCUAUAGAAAAGGCCUUGCCAGUCAUUUCAACGAACAUAAAACCUAUAAGCCUCACUGCGCCAUCUCCCCAUCUCUUUGAUUUCAUCAGCUGAAAACCCGCGUAAGGCCGCAGUUGUGGCCGCUCCUAUCCUAAACGAAUGUGUAUAAUAUUUACUGAAUCAACACCUAAUGAAGCCAAAGCCUUGGCCAGCAUUGCUUGAAAUUGGUAUCUUGUCAACGGGGACCCGUCGGCGUGACAUAAAAGCAGACCUCCCACUCGAGGUCUCAACUGGAGAUAUUCGUACAAGGCAGCCACAGGACAACCGUCCUGAAGGAACCACCUUGUUUAAUUUUACAUAUUUUGGAAUGGCAAAAUUAAUUCUUAUAACUGUAUUUACUUGGUAUCCAUAGUGCAUGUUAUAGACAUUAGGUUUUUAAAAGGAUAGUGUUAGAGGUAAACCAAAAAUAUAGGAGACAAAGCAUUCUCAUUUAGGUGUACUGCAGUAUUAGAAUAUUUCUUUGAUCUGUUUAACAAACAGGUAUGUACUCUGCUAGUUGGAUUUAUUAUAUACAGUGCAUCCCACAAAACAGAAACCCAUUUUCAGAGAUAGAUUUCACAAUUAUUAAAUAUGGUUUUACUAUAAAUCUGAUACUCAUGGUAAGAGUGGAAUCUCAUCUCUCAUUUGAAACCAACAGCUUAUCAAAUCGUUCACGCAUGGCAGAUUACAAACAAUAAAUAUUGAGGCAUAUCAGAAACGAUUUGCGCAGAAACGUACGUGUGAAUCUGAAUCCACUCUAAUUUCAGGGAUCAGUGAGAGAAGCUUAACAAAGAAUACAAAAGAAAUGCUAAUGAGCCAAUCGUCGAAAAUGCACGGUCAUCGUAUAUCACGAACCAAUCUUGUCCAAUUUUUCUGCGCAACCUGGUUUUGACAUUAAAAUUUCAAAAUCGUCUUGCUCAUUAAUACGUGAAGUGUUCGUCUCAUAUUAGGUAUCGAAAUAAAGAGGAAUAAUUGAAUUAUAUGAUUAUGUAAAUGAAAUAUCAUUAUUCAUUUGCUUUUGAAUUAAAAAGACAUGGAAAUCCCGGUUUCCUUUUUUCUGGGAAGCACUGUAUAGUACAUGUAUACUUUAAGCAUUAAAAGCAUUACAUUUCUUAAAAAUUACAUUUACAACAUUCCAAGUGCCUUUAAUGUGUUGCAUUUUGUUUUUACUUUGUGUUUUAAGAUGAACAUUUAUUAAAAGUGUAGUUUACUUGUUUAUUUAUGAUUUGUAUUUCAUUUUUUUGAAAAUAUAAUUUUCCUAUUUAAAAUAGGCGUUUUCAUAUACUUACUAAAAUGUGGUAGAUUGUUUUUAAAAAAAUUUAUAUCUUGCCAUGAGCAGUAGAAAGAAGAGUGUUCGUCAAUCUCUAAAUUAUGUCUGCAUGCCAGCUUUUGAACAAAUUUAAACAGAAAAAAACAAACACAAAUUCACAAUGAUUUCUUGAGAUUUCUUGUCAAGACAAGCCUCUCUCAUAGGCUGUCAUACAAAAUUUGAAAGUCAGAAUUGGGAAGUGGGGGUGCUGCGUGUAUUAUUCUCCAUAAUCAGCACCCCCAGGUAUUCAAGAAGAGAUUUUAAAAUGGAAAAAUGUAUUUUGAAAAAUGAUCUAAAUUUUGUUGUGAAAACCUUUUCUUUUAAAAUUUCUCUGGACGAAUUUCACUUCCAUUUUGUAGUGAAAUUUUCAUCAGCACCCCCACCCAAAAAGUUGUACUCAGGGCCCUGCCCCCCCCCCCUCGAUACACAUUCAUCAUUUGUAGAAGUGUUUGUUUCGCCCGGUGAUGCAUAGCUGUAGAUUUUCUCGAUAAGAGGGUGAUACAAUCAUGUAACUAAGAACGUCAUUCAAGUCUUUGUCAAAAAUUGAAGAACCAUAGCACCUAUUUCAGAGCAGAUAAAAUAUUACAGAUGUAUCACUCACCCUGAACCUAGGACACAUUUGCUGUUACGGUUCACAUACUUUUGACAGACUUCUCAGUAUCCUUUGUAAUUUGAUGGACAUUUGAAAAUGCAUUGCUCUGUUUUUUAUUCCUCCAUAUUUUGCCGAGUAAACACACACUAUCAUAUCAGAUGGCUGGGUGUAACGAGAGGGAAAGACAUGACUAAAUCCUCACAUAAGUAUGAGUAGGUACUGACUUGGUGUUGCUACUGGUAGGCUUACAUGGAUGCUUACGUGUAAUUGAUGAAUAUACAAUUGUGUGUGAUAAUAGUUAUAAUUGAACAAAUGGACAGAACAGCAAACAUAAUUUAGUGAUAUGACAACUACUUAAUAUUAUCCAUGGUAUAAAUGAGUACUUACAUUUAUAUUACUUCAGUAUUGAAAAUGCAGGUUUGUCAGAAAAGUAUGGAGAUUUUUGCAGUUUUCUGCUUAUGGUACUUGUUUAUAUUAUCACUGAUAUUUUCAUUUCACUAUGUAUAUGUUUUGACUUUUACUAGUAAUAUUUUAGGUUAAUGUACUUACAUUUGUGAUAUUAGAGUAUUUGAUGAUUUGGUAAUGCCAUGACAAUUUGUCUUUCUUCCUAUUAUUAUUGUUUUAAAUGUAAUUUUAUGUUAAUAGUUGUACAAUACAUGUAGACAAUGCAAUGAUUUGUUGCUUACAUUGUUGUUUGUCAUUUGAAUAGCGGAGCUUAGGUUUGUUUUCCCCAAUUUAAUCAGUUCAUUCCCCAUUUUUUUUUUUUGUGUGAUUCGUAUUGUACUAUAAUUUAUGUAUCUUUAAUUGCCGAAUAAAAUAAUGAUAAUAAUAAUAAUAAUUUAAUCAGUUCAUUCAGAAUGUUCACAUUUGAAAGAAACUCUUAUCUUUUUUUCUUUGAAAAUGAACAAUUGAUUGUUUGCUGGGAUUGUUUUUCUGUGUGCGUGUGUCUUCUUUCCUACUCAAGUUCAUGCCAAAUAAGCAUUUUUUUAAUUGUAUGUAAUUUUAUAAUUUUGUAACUUAAUGGGUCUGGGGCUGUAUUUGCAGGAUCAUUCAAACUGCAGAUUUUGACAAAGUUUAACAGAGAAACCUUUAAUUGGACAACUCAGAUGUCAUACCAUGUGCAAUUUAUUAUUAAACAAUAUAUAAUACCAAA